AUGCGCAACUGGUCGACCAUCGACGAGCGCGGCUCGAUGCGCGCAGGGAGCGGCGGCGCUAUGGGAUGCGACUGGCAGCGCGAGUGGAACGACGUGCAGGCGGUGUGCCGCCACCUCGGCAACAUGCCCGUGGAGAUGGUGGACCUAUCGCGCGAGUACUGGCUCACCGUGUUUGAGCCGGCGCUGGAGCUGUGGCACGAUGGCUCCACACCCAACCCCGACGUGGAGUGCAACAGGUCCAUCAAGUUCGGCGCGCUCCGCGACCGCCUGGCCGCGAAGCACUCGGGCUGGCUCGCCACGGGGCACUAUGCGCGCGUCGCCUGGCGCCGCGACGCCGAGGGCCGGGCAUACCCGCUUGUGCGGCGUGCCGUCGACCGCCUCAAGGACCAGUCAUUUUUUCUUUCGUCGGUGCCGUCCGACCGCCUGACACAGACGCUCUUCCCGCUCGGAACGUACCUGAAAGCCGACGUGCGGCGCCUCGCCCACCAGAUGGGCCUGCCGACGGCCGACAAGGAUGAGAGUAUGGGCCUCUGCUUUGUCGGCGAGCGCGGCAGCAGCGCCCAUGCAUUUGCCCGGUUCCUCGAUAACUACGUCACAAGCGAGCCGGGCGACUUUGUCACUCCGGACGGCCGCGUCGUCGGCCGCCACUCCGGCCUACAUACCCUGACUAUUGGCCAGCGCGCCCGCAUACCCAGUGCGCCCCAGCGCUUCUUUGUCGCGAAAAAGGAGGCGGCGCAGCGCCGCAUCGUUGUGGUGCCGGACAAGACACAUCCGCUUCUCCAGUGCGUGUUCCUGCAUUCGCACACGUUCGUAUGGGCCCGCGACUUGCCGCGCUGGGAUGCCACGCUCCACGCACAGAUCCGCUACCGCCAGGACGCCGAGCCGUGCCGUGUGACGCCCCUCGCGGACGGCGGCGUCCAAGUCACGUUUGAGCACGGCAUCACGGCCGUGUCGCCAGGCCAAACCGUCGUCGUGUACGAGGGCGACCUCUGUGUGGGCAGCGGGACGAUUGAUCAUGUACAUACGAUGGGCGACUAG